GCCUAACAAUAAAGGGGGGGUGGCCUCCAGCUCCGCCUGAAUUUCGGGAGAUUUUCGGGAGAAAAUUUGUCCCGGGAGGUUUUCGGGAGAGGCGCUGAAUUUCGGGAGUCUCCCGGAAAAUCCGGGAGGGUUGGCAAGUAUGGAAUGUGCCGAAAGGUGCAUGUGUGAGAUAAACAUCGUUCUGUUUUGUGUGGCAGUGCCAAACAAGCAAUUCCACACGGCCCACUGGGAAAAUGUGCUAAAUGUCACUGAUGGCGUGACUGAGCGAACAUGCAGAGCCAUCCGAGACUUGUUUGAAAGCAACCCUUUUGUCACCAAAAGUGGCAUAGUAAUGCGGAUAAACUAUGUUAAUGCCGUUGCAUAUUUAUUUGUAAAACGUUGUAUCUAAUACUUAUAUCACAGUUGUUAGCUAUACUUUGUGUGGAAUGUGCAUUCUUUAUCCAAAGACUUUUUAGCUGCAUCACAUUUUGCCACCUCCUCCUCCUCCUCCUCGCUGACUUGGAUCUGCUCCAUCAAUACACUCGUCCACUAGCCGCUUCCAAGUGAGUCACCAUCUCCACAUCUUAGCUGGUUAUGAGUGCUAUCGUCACCGUGGGCAGUCUGCGUGCGCGUGGGCAAAAGUGUCACUACAUCAGGGAAAAGGAGGACGGAUGUGCAUGGUGUGGAUGCACAUGUUUGCCUUGUGGUCUGGCUGCUAAGAUGGGAUUCAUGUUCACAGCAUAACACUUGUAAAAUCAAAUAGUUUACAGAGAUAUCUGUGCUGGUUAGAAAUUACCUUUUCGUUGAUACGCUGUUGUUUUUAACUGAACUGGAUCACACUUUAUCGAUUUAGGGACACAUAUGACCAGACAAUUCAUUUGGUACACAUGCACAAUCCUGCAUGAGAUGCGAUACAAGAGCUCCUGCUCCUCAGUUUUGAUUGGAACUAAAAAAUAUUAUUGUGCAUGCAGUUUGCAUUGGUGUACUUUUUUACUCCGACUGUUAUACUGAUCAUAGUUUAAUAUGCGGGUUAACAUAUUUGAAACACCUCUCAGUAUGAUGCACUGUAAACACCACUGCAAAGUUUGACCACAAUGACUAAACGAGAUAUAACUUACCAUUAAUAACACUGCUUAGAAAUAGUCUUUGUUUACUUUUGACACUUGUAUUGAAUUUUGGUAUACUUAUUGGUCACAAUGAAUGUCAAGUCGAUGUACCGUAUUUUUCGGAGUAUAAGUCGCUCCGGAGUAUAAGUCGCACCGGCCGAAAAUGCAUAAUAAAGAAAGGAAAAAACAUAUAUAAGUCGCACUAGAGUAUAAGUCGCAUUUUUUGAGGGAAAUUUAUUUGAUAAAACCCAACACCAAGAAUAGACAUUUGAAAGGCAAUUUAAAAUAAAUAAAGAAUAGUGAACAACAGGCUGAAUAAGUGUAUGUUAUAUGAGGCAUAAAUAACCAACUGAGAACGUGCCUGGUAUGUUAACGUAACAUAUUAUGGUAAGAGUCAUUCAAAUAACUAUAACAUAUAGAACAUGCUAUACAUUUACCAAACAAUCUGUCACUUCUUAUUAGGGCUGCAACUAACGAUUAAUUUGAUAAUCGAUUAAUCUGUCGAUUAUUACUUUGAUUAAUCGAUUAAUAAUCGGAUAAAAGAGACAAACUACAUUUCUAUCCUUUCCAGUAUUUUAUUGAAAGAAAAAAAAACAGCAUACAGGCACCAUGUUCGGGACAUUGGGGACGCAGCAUACACCAAUAAUAACACAUAAAUGUAACUCAUCAGAUAUUGUACACGUUUCUGUUGUGAAUAAUAAAAGGAUUCAUUUUAGGCUGCCUCUGAAUGAUAGCAUGAAAUAUUCCAGCACCUUCCUAACGUUUAGUUAUACUAAAGCGUCACUCAAAUCUAAAUAUAUUUAUAUAGCUUUAUCGGCCCGGCUACAUUGAUCCAUUAUGAAACCAACCUGAGGUAUUUCUGUCCGUUACGUUUAUUUCGAAAUUGGUAACCGUCAAAUGUGCCGGAGACACAUUAUCAGCCCCGCUUUGCAACAAAGGCAUAACGUUAACGUUACUCACAAAAAAGCUGAACUCAUGAAUGCCUGUUGCCACUAUGGACUUAAAAAGUUACGUACUGUGAGUUCCCUUCAUCCAUGGCUCCAACAUGUUUCCUUUUCAGGUGCUCCUGAAGCAAUGUUGUACUUCCGUGCCAUUUUGCAAGAAACGGUCUUCUUGGAAGUCUUUAAAGUAAAGUGUUCCCACACUUUUGACGACUUAGGUUGUACACUUUUCUCCAUUGAAGCAAUAACCUCAAGAUAUUUUUCCGCUGAACUAUCUAUACGUGAGCUGCACAUGACACAUCAUUGGCUAGCUUACCUCCACCUCAUGAGACGUAGCUUCAGCGCCGCCCUGGUGCUGUUUUGUACUGUUUUUGUACUUAUUUUGAUUGUUUCUCAGCUGUUUGUAAAUGUUGCAGUUUAUAAAUAAAGGUUUAUAAAACAAAAAAAACAAAAAAACAAAAAACAAAAAAAACAAACAAAAAAGCCUCCGCGCAUGCGCAUAGCAUAGUUCCAACGAAUCGAUGACUAAAUUAAUCGCCAACUAUUUUGAUAAUCGAUUUUAAUCGAUUUAAUCGAUUAGUUGUUGCAGCCCUACUCCUAAUCGCUAAAUCCGAUGAAAUCUUAUACAUCUAGUCUCUUACGUGAAUGAGCUAAAUAAUAUUAUUUGAUAUUUUACGGUAAUGUGUUAAUAAUUUCACACAUAAGUCGCACCCCCGGCCAAACUAUGAAAACAACUGCGACUUAUAGUCCGAAAAAUACGGCACUAUGUAAUCAAAUUAUAUUUAUUUAGGCAUUUACUAAAAUAAUUUAGGAUUUUAUCAAUGCUUGGAGAAAAUUAUUGGUUAUCUUUUUCUGGGUUUAGAAACUGAAUUCAAAUUUUAGCCAAUUCUUGUUAUAUUUUCUGCUCACCUGCUGGCUCUCAAAGGUCCAGGUGCUGUCAGGUAAAGAGGCGUCCAGAACGCUGAUGACCUCCUUAAAGUCAGUGGUGCUGCUGGGCUUCACCAAAGUGAAAUCUAUGAAACUAUGAACUAUGAAAAAAACUGCGACUUAUAGUCCGAAAAAUAUGGUAAGGCAAAUGUUUACAACCUAAGUUCCUGUUAAAUUGGAUCUUAUUUUUGUCUGAAUGUGCUAAUUAGCACAUCUGACAAGGUGCUUUAUCUCUGGGUGGCAUCUGUGAUAACCUCACUGUGACACCAGAUGAUGUUUAUUUUAGCAGAGACUGAAGAGCCCAGACAUCCAAUUGCAAUCCAAGCAUGAAGCAUUGUCAGCUGUCUCUGUGGGCAACUGAGUGACAAAGUGAAGAGGGCAAUUAUUGGUAUAAUGAUGGGGUUCUCUUUGUCUCGGCCUCUUGUUAUUCACACAUCAUUUUUGGAUUGAGUACAUUAUUUACUUCCAUAGAGUAUUGUAUCUGUGUGCACGCUGCGUAUUUGUUUCUCUGGCUUUAUUUCAAAGACUGUCUGCAUAGAGUGCUCUUAUAGGUAAUUACUGGUUUGCAUAAGUAGAAGUCUGAGUGGCUCAUAAAUCAGCUUUCUCGGCGCGCAUUGAAAAGGGCGGUGGCGCUAACCAAAAAAAAAACGAGGGAAACGAUUGUGUCGAAUUAAUUUCCCCACAGACACCUGCAAAUGGGAAUUUGCUGCUGCGCGAAGACCUUGAGCGAUUCUUAUAUUGAUACAAUGCAAACUCAUUCGACAUUUAGAUUUGGCGUUUUGUGUAUAAGAUCGUUUUAUCACAGCUGAAAUGUAGGCUGCAUCGUUUGAGCAAGCCCCCUCCUUCCUCUCCUUUGCCCACACAGCACAGCACAGGGAGGGGAGGGAGGAGGAGGAGGGAAAUCAGGCUUUCUGGGAGGGCAAACAUUUUCAGCCAUAACAACACCAACAUGGAAGGAGAAAAGACAAGGAAAUGGGCACCAGCAAGGUGGCAGUGGGAGUCCUCCGCAUAACCAUGCCCGGACUAUUUUCUUUUCAGCGUGGCGGAGGAAGACGCGCGUCUGACUAAAAAAAAAAACCCUUUUUUUUUUCCUCCCCUAAAUCCUGCCUCCCUGCGAUGGCAACAACGACGCGUUACUGUUUAUGUUUAGUUAUUUUUCUAUAUGGUGGCUUUACAAGUGGACAGAUUCACUACUCCAUUCCGGAGGAGCUGGAGAACGGCGCAUUGGUCGGUGACAUUGCCCGCGAUUUGGGUCUAGACCUAAGGAAACUUAUCACCCGACGUAUCCGGGUGACGCCUGACAGCGAACGGAGGUAUUUCACAGUCAAUCACAAAACCGGGAAGCUGGUGGUGAGUGACCGUCUCGACCGAGAGAGCCUGUGUGAAGUGAGUGGCACAUGUUCACGUAACUUGGAGGUACUUUUGGACCACCCCUUGGAGGUGCACAAUGUGGAGGUGGAGAUUCUGGAUGUGAAUGAUAACGCACCAAGGUUCCCCCAGGAGGAGUAUUUAGUAGAAGUGUCCGAAUCUGCUCUCACCGGGUCAAAGUUCCAUGUAGAAGCAGCCCAGGAUCCAGAUGAUGGCUCCAACUCCGUGAAGCAGUACCGCCUAAGCCCAAACCAACAUUUAACUCUGGACGCUGUAAAGCCUUUUUCGAAAAACAAACAAAUUGAGCUCAUUCUCAAAAAGCCCUUUGACCGUGAACAGACAUCAUCUCAUCAGCUCAUCCUGACAGCAGUGGAUGGAGGCACCCCACAGAGAAGUGGCACGGCCAAAAUCAAUGUACGCAUCCUUGAUGCAAACGACAAUGUGCCUGCCUUCGACAGCUCGGUAUAUAAAGUAAAAGUGUAUGAAAACUCUCCAAAGGGUACCCUUGUGAUUCAAUUAAACGCCACCGACCCUGACGAGGGCUCCAACGCGGAUGUUUUUUACUCAUUCAGCAGUUACACUCCAGAAAGAGUCAGACAGAUGUUUUCCAUGGACACAAACACAGGGAAGGUAACUGUGAAAAAAAACAUAGACUAUGAGGAAACAAGCGCAUAUGAAAUGUACAUCCAGGCGAUGGACAAGGGGCCAGCCGCUGUGGCAGUGCACUGUAAAGUCGUGGUAGAAGUUUUGGAUGUGAAUGACAACACCCCAGAGAUUAUACUGUCGUCCCUCUCCAGUCCUGUACGUGAAGAUGCCCGUGCAGACACUGUUGUCGCUCUGAUCAGUGUGAACGACAAAGAUUCCGGACCCAACAAGCAAGUCACCCUGGACAUCUUGUCUCACUCACCUUUUAAAAUCAAGUCCUUCCGCAACCACUACACAGUGGUCACUUCAGCGUUCCUGGACAGGGAAAGCAUCACAUCCUACAACGUCACGGUCAACGCCGUCGAUGGAGGUACCCCGUCCCUGUCAUCUCAAAUGACCUUUAAAGUUGACGUUGCAGAUGUGAACGAUAACCCCCCUCGAUUUGAACAGACUUCAUACACUGUUUACGUUACAGAGAACAAUGAGCCUGGUUUGCCGCUAUGUGUUGUUAAGGCCACGGACGCAGAUUCAGGUGAACACGCACGUAUUAAAUACACUGUUCUCAAUGACAACAAUCAUGGUAUCCCUGUGGCCAGCUAUGUCAGCAUCAAACCUGACACAGGUGAGGCCUACGCUCUGAGAACCUAUGACUUUGAGAAGCUGAGAGAGUUUCACUUCCAGAUUAAAGCACAAGACAAUGGCAUACCCCCACUAAGCCGCAUAGCCACGGUGUAUGUUUACAUUAUGGAUCAGAAUGACCACGUGCCAAGGAUAGUGUAUCCGCUGUCCAAUGGGAGUCACACCACAGAGACGCUGCUGAAAAACUCUCAGGCGGGAGUUUUGGUAACAAAGGUGGUGGCGUGGGAUGGGGACGCGGGGCAGAAUGCUUGGCUGCUUUACACCCUCCAGCCCACCGACCUGGAGCCUGACCUCUUUAAGGUGCACGAGCACACCGGCGAGAUCCGCACCACAAGGCGUGUCGUCGAGGACAACUCCACGUCCUUUGCUCUGACUAUUCUUGUGAGAGAUAAUGGCCUGCCACCUCUCUCUUCCACCGCAACUGUCCAUGUGCACGUGAUGGAGCUCCUGCCUAAGUUGACCCCUGACCCGAAGCGCAUCAUCAGGGCUGACAGUCCUUUGAUGUUUUCCCGCGUCACUCUCCACCUCAUCAUCGCCCUGUGUGCCACCACCUUUGUAUUCUUGGUCACGGUCUUUGUGCUGGCCAUCGUGCGUUGUCAUGCCUACUGCACCCAGCCCGGUUCCUGCUGCCCUUGUUGUGUAUCCAAGAAAAGCAUACCCGAGAGCACCAGUGCAUCGGGUGGGAGUGGCGGUGGAGGGCGGCCCACAGGUGGAGCCCAGCCAAACGUUAAUGUGGCCCUGCGCCGCGACCUUAAAGUCGAACCACAUUACAUAGAAGUGCGUGGCAAUGGCUCCCUGACCAAAACAUACUGUUAUAAAACAUGCCUUACGGCGACAUCGGGAAGUGACACGUUUAUGUUCUACAAUACUGGACGACCCCACAGUGGCACCUGGGGCUCGGGCUACGUCACCAGCCACAGUGGACACAGCCAGAUAGUUGUUCGCCGCCUCAGUAUGCCAGAUGCGACUGCCAUUCAGCCCAAGGUACCAAAUUCAGACUGGAGAUAUUCGGCCUCCCUGAGAGCAGGUGGUGUGAUGCAGAGCUCAGUGCAUAUGGAGGAAUCAUCAGUGAUGCAAGGAGCCCAGGGGGUUCUGGUCCAGAACUGGCCCACAGCAUCCAGCGCUGCUGGUAAGAAUCAGUCAGCCCAUCAACAUCUAACCAACCUUGGCAGUGGCAAAAUGCUGAAGGAGGAGAGGUGUCACCCCCAAUGGGUGCCGGAGUCGACAGCAACAGCUGGCACUUUCGCUACGGCCCAGGAGGCCCAGGUGCACCCCCACAGCACCUCAAGCCUGGCGAGGUUCCCCCCGAGGCGUUCAUCAUCCCCGGGUCCCCAGCCAUAAUAUCCAUCAGACAGAACCAGGGAGGAGAGGACGACAAGAGCGACUUUAUCACCUUUGGCAAGAAAGAGGAGGCCAAGAAGAAGAAAAAGAAGAAGAAGGACAAAAAAGACAAGAAGGAUAAGGGCAAGGAUGACGACGAGUAAAGAGGAAGAAAGUGAAAAUUGGCAAAUAGUGGAGAAAAAAAAGGGCGUUGCUAAAACAGAGGUACCAACCAAAGUCCAAUGAUCAAAAAGAAAAUGUGAAUAUGGACUUCUGCAAUCCUGUUUUGUUUGUUUUUAACCUGGCCUUACCAAGGUUACAUUUACCUCUCGUCCACGACUGAGGUAAAUUAUUGAUCUUGCCUUGAUAAACAAUAAGAUGAUUGAUUUUGAGCCACGCCCCCAUGUGCCUAUACACCCUAAGUCAACCACACGUGCUUAGAAACAACAGCUCCUGAUUAUUAUUUUAUUUUUGCCUCCUGGGCGUGUUGGCACCUCUGUAUUACCCCCUCCCCGAUGACGAUGAACCAUUCUCUGUGAGAGAAGACAAAAGAACAAGACGAAAGCUCUGUGCCAGCCAAAGGAAAAGAAGAGAGAUGAAGACGUGGUAUACGUGCAUUCUAGAGCUGGACACACUCACACACUAUACUUGUAAAUAGCACCGGGGAGAGUCACUGAAACUAAGGCUAACACACACACACACACACACACACAACACUGCUGCAGAAUAUUCCUAACUCACCAACAGUGUUUCCUGCAAUCUCGACGAAUCCACAUGCACGCAUGCUCACACAAGCAAACACAGACCUUGCCAUGUGGACACUGAAAGCACUUGAGACCUGGAGAGAAAAAUACAAUACAAAAAGAAGAGGAACAAAAAAAAAAACGUGCUGAUUUGACACUGCAAGCUUUUUGUCACCUAUGGGGUGCACAUCAACUCUCAGGAUCGAAGGAGCAUCCCUUUGCUGUCACUCUGUACUCGCGCACUGCUUUUAAAAGGACUGAGGGUGCUACCCCUCCAGCCGGAAAGCCAGAUGCAGAGAGCACUGGGUAAUUGGAGGGACGGGAAGAUCGACGAGAGGAAGAAGUCAACAAAACAAGCAGAAUAUUAUUCGCAGAGAUUUUGAUAACACCCUCUCUUAUCCCCCCCGCCAAUGCUGCAGCAAAAGCUGAGAGCUUUCUGCUUUGAAUGUUUGGUAGCAACCAGCCCAUACCUGAUACCUUUUAUGUUCCACCCGCUUGUGCUCCCCGUCCAAUCAGCCCCGACCCCCCCCUCACUGACGGCCUCAUCAUGCCGUGAUGAAGUCAACCUGCUUUCCUUAAUUCUCUAAAGAGAUUCACAGUACAGGUUUUGGCAUUUGUACAUUUCCCCCCUGAUUCUUGCAUGUCCACCGUCAUAGCCCCGCGCCCUCCCGCCCAGGGUCCAUCCUGGGUAAAAGGCCUGUUUUGAACAUUGUGGUGUGCUGACACCAGCAUGGAGUAAUGUGGACCGGGGGAGAGCGGGGAGGAGCGUACACCUCGAACUCUUGUCUCUAAAACUGCAAAAACGGUUCAGUGCUUUUAACAUGUGAAUACAACACUAGGCUGUUCACUUCCUGUUUGUCCGCCGCCGCUACAGUGAGAGGGGAUCAAGUGGGAUUGACGCAAAUCGCGGGGUCGAAGGACCGGGCAAGACGCGAGGAGUCGGGUGCCGUGGGCUGGCCCUCUGCCUUCAAGUUUGCAAGAGAGGGAAAUUGAUUGUUCGGAUCCAGCUUUUAUGUACGCUAUAAAUGUAUCGUAGAUAGAUUGUCUCAAUAUUAACCUGUUCAAAAUUCAAUAUGGCAUCUGCAGGGAUUUCCUGUCGACAUCUAAAGCCCCCCCAAAUCCUCUCUCACUAGGCAAUGAGGCUGAGACAUGCUUCUGUUACCCCCUCCUGCCUGUAACAUGUCCCCCCAAAGUUGUGCGGCUCAGUAUGAUGUCACUCCAUUAAGUGGCUGCUGCAUGUAUUGCUCUAAGGAAACACAUACUAUAUAGAGAAAUAUAUAUAUAAAUAGAUUGCUAUGAUUUCAUUAUUUUUUUGGUAUUAUCAUUUUGGCUCUUCAUUACUCACACGGGAAAUAUUUGUACGUACUUCUCUUGUCUAUGCCAAAACAUCUAUGUAUUAGAUUCCUCACGCUCCGCAGAUGUUGUACGGCAUCCACUAAACCUCUUUCGAUAUUUGUAAUGCUAUAGUGUGAUACCUUUUUAAUGCAACCUUUUUUCUUUUUCUCCAAACGUAUCAUUUAUGCUUUUAAAAACAAGCAACAGAAGAAAAAAAAGAAGAAAAAAACAACAAAAAAAACAACUUGACAUGAUGUCCUAACUAACACUGUAAUAUUGUAACUGAAUUAUGUAUGAUCCUAUGAUGAGCUAUCACUUCCUUUUCAUUCUUCCGGGAAAAAAAAACAAAAACAACAAAAAAAAAAUACAGUGUGAAUAAAGUAUAUGUAGUGUAUGCUUGUAUUUUGUGAGCUUUCAUGCUGUCAUUCUUUCCCAAUGUAUGGUGGUGAACUAUGGUGGCAAUGUGCGGUUCAUAUGCGGACCGGCCCAGAUCUGUUUAACCCCCCCCCCCCUUAUUUUUUUGUACACCCGCUCAUCAACUGUGACCGUGAAUAGUGAAUUUCAUUUACAUCCAUUCCCUUUCUGCCUUCGAUUCGACCUAAAUGGAAACAGUGGUAAUGUGUUUUGUUUAUAAAUCACAAAUAAAGUUUUCUUUCUUAAAAA